UCAGAGCCCACCAAUGAGCUUUCGUCCCCAUUGAUCACCUUGAAAGGACAAGGCUGAGGCCAAAAGCAUGUGGGCAAGCUAAGGACAGAGAGGAGCUGGCUUCACUGACAGACUCAGGCUCCUCUUCUCUGCUGUCCUUCCCCCAAGCCCAGGGGAAAGGGGGAAACUGAGAACUUAGGAAAACUUUGUAAUCAAAGCUUUGAAAACCCUACGUUUGAAAUCCCCAAUUGCUUCUCAUGAGUCCUGCCUAUUUUUCUUGUUUUGCAAACCGACCGAGUUGAGGGCUUGUUCAGCUGACCUCCUUUGCCGGUUGCAGCCUGCAGCAGGAGAGGAUGUACAAGCUGCACCGGGGACACGAGUCCAUGCACGUGGAGAUGAUCUUGGUCUUCCUCUGCGCCCUGGUCAUUGCCCAGGUGGUGCUGGUGCGGUGGAGACAGAGGCACGGCCGCUCCUACAACCUGGUGACCCUGUUGCAGAUGUGGGUUGUCCCUUUGUAUUUCACGAUAAAACUUUACUGGUGGCGAUUUCUGUCUAUGUGGGGAAUGUUCUCAGUUAUUACCAGCUACAUCCUCUUCAGAGCCACCCGAAAACCCCUCUCAGGGAGAACACCACGAUUGGUUUACAAAUGGUUUCUUUUAAUCUACAAGCUCAGCUAUGCAUUUGGUGUUGUGGGUUAUUUGGCUAUCAUAUUUACAAUGUGUGGAUUCAAUUUAUUUUUCAGAAUCAAAGCUAGAGAUUCCAUGGAUUUUGGCAUCGUGUCCUUGUUCUAUGGCCUCUACUAUGGAGUAAUGGGGAGAGACUUCGCAGAGAUCUGUUCGGACUACAUGGCUUCUACUCUAGGGUUCUACAGCGUCAGUGGGAUGCCCACCAGGAGUCUGUCGGACGACAUCUGUGCCGUGUGUGGGCAGAAGAUCAUUGUGGAACUCGAUGAAGAAGGGCUCAUUGAAAACACCUACCAGCUUUCAUGCAAGCAUGUCUUUCAUGAAUUCUGCAUCCGAGGUUGGUGUAUUGUUGGUAAAAAGCAGACGUGCCCUUACUGCAAAGAGAAGGUCGAUUUGAAGAGGAUGAUCAAUAACCCCUGGGAGCGCACACACUUUUUAUAUGGACAGAUCCUGGACUGGCUUCGUUAUCUGGUGGCCUGGCAACCCAUGGUAAUAGGAAUCGUUCAAGGCAUUAACUAUUCACUAGGGCUGGAAUAGCAUGGCACACUUAGCCCAGAAGCAAUGUACUGCAUGUUGAAAUAUUUUCUAAUACUCUUUUAAUUUUUAGAGAUCCCAAGAACUUAGAGAACUGAAUAAAAACUGACACUGUGUCUGUGUGGAGAGAAUUUAAACAGAAGCUGAGCAAUGGAAUAAACACAGAGGCCUUGGAUCUUUCUGAUUACGACCAUUUUCUAAUCCUCGUUUGUGACGCAUAUGGUACCACCCACGGAAAUGGCAACCCACUCCAGUAUUCUUGCUUGGAGAAUCCCAUGGAUGGAGAAGCCUGGUAGGCUACAGUCCAUGGGGUCGCAAAGAGUCAGACACGACUGAGCGACUUUACUUCACUUUCACCGUGGACAUCCCAUCUCGAGUUUGGCUUACAGUGAUCUCACCUGAGAUGUGUUUCAGAGGUUUGCAAAGUACUUCUCACAUACAAUUUUAUUGAGUUACAACAAAUGCCCUCUUAUCAGUUCAACAUCUUCAAAGAAGUAGAGUCAUUAAAUCUAUGGUUUAAGGACACGGUCUUUUCUGUUCUCUGUUCUUGUUACCCCAUGGCAGCUUUGGUACCACAGAGCCCUUCCAUUAGAGAUCGCUCUCAAAACCUCUAGCGCCGGGUGCUGCCAUCCACACAAUGGGCCAGAGCCGCGCGGGUGCCCUGGGGCUGCUGCCCGCUCAGCCCACCCACGGGUGACUGAGGGAGCGCAUCCUUCUCUUCUCCUGGGCCACUCUGUUCACACUCACACACACACACACUCUUUCCAUGGCCGUGCUGUUUUUGUUUCCAUCCCAGCCCUUUCCGACACCUGAAAUCACAUCACAGGCUCAGUUGUCUGCUGUCUGUCU